AUGGACCCUAAUCAAUAUAAUUUUCAACAGUCUAUGUUCCAUCUCAUACAAAAUCAGCAAAAUUCUAAUCCUCAAAAUUCUCAAUUCCCCCCACCACCAACAAACUCUACCGUAUUUUUUUCGCCACCAAACAACCCAAAUAUGUAUUUUAGACCACAUAGAAAUACUCAUGGGAUGAAUUUUUCUCAUCACGAACCCGAAACACCAAAUGGGUUUAUGUCCGAACGUCAAGUUCCACAAUUUUCAACUCAAGUUGGUAUUGAAAAUUUUACAAUUGAUAAAGAACAAUGGCGUCCAGUUAAGAAAAAACCUCGAGAGGUAUUCACAAGGGAAGAAGAUACACCUCUUAUGCAAUCAUGGCUCAAUGUUUCAAAGGAUCCAAUUGUGGGAGUUGAUAAAAAAUUCAAUAGCUUUUGGUUAAGAAUCACCGAUAAUUAUAACCAAUAUCGUGGGCACUCACGAGAAUAG